AUUUUGCAGAUUACUAAUUUUAUUUUGCAAUGGAAUCUCUAGAAGGUGAUAACAGCCAUUCUAGUUCCAGUGAUGCUGGUAUGGAUUUAGACACGGCUAGAGAUGCAGAGGCUACUGAGGCUGCAGAAGAGAGAGAGUCACUUGAUGUGGCUCUUGAACAAGAACCAAUUGCUGAUGAAGAUGUGGCAGAAGUCAAUGAUGAGAGCAAUUUGGGUCUCAAAUUUCCUCUGGCCCGAGUAAAGAAAAUCAUGAAAGCUGAUCCUGACCUUCAUCUGGCCAGCCAAGAUGCUGUUUUCCUCAUUGCCAAAGCAACUGAGCUUUUUGUGGAGGUAGUUGCUGAGUCAGCUCACCAUCACACCAUGAAAGCAAACCGCAAGACCAUCUCAGGCCGAGAUGUUAUGUCCUGCAUAGAGCUUAUUGAUGCCUUGGCUUUUCUGGAUGGUGCCCUCAAUGAUUGAUGUUAAAAAUAGAUUAUAGAGCUUCAAUAUUCACUUUUACAGUUGUCAGAUUCUUGAACUAUCUUAACAUCUCCAAUAACUAUGUUAUUGAUAACUCAUUUGUUUUCAGUUGCAUUACAUCCUUCUUUUUCAUAUUUUCAUGUACCAUGCUUCAUCUUUAAUUACUUGCUCUUCUAAGCCAUUAGAAACAGUUUAUUUUUUACUAUUCUAUGAAAUGUUGAAUGAUGAAUCACUUGACUAGCUUUUGCCAUAUAAUAUCACUAAAGGAAAAUAUAUUUAGGUAAAUGUGAGACAUUUGAUGUUGUUCAAACAGCAGCAAAAUAUGUUGUAGUGUUAUGAUUAAUUUUUAUUUUUGAGAUAGCAAAUGCAUACAAAUCCCCAGUAAAUACAUUUUUUACUAAGGGUGUUCAACAAUCAAAAAGUUAUUCAUCUGAAGUAAAAACUGAGAAUAACUAAGUAAGAGUUUGAUAGCAAAGAAAAUGCCAAGUAACUGAUAAAUACUUGGGAAUAAUUCCUUUUUAAAUAAUAACAUAAUAACCUAUCAACUGUUUAAUUUCUGUUGUUGAAUGUUCUGCUUGUUUCAAAUGUUUGCAAUAUUUGUACUAAGAAAGUUUGAAAAUGACCUCCCAUUUGUAAAGGAGGUUUUCCAUUCCUAAGGGGAUUUUUCAGUAACAUUUUAUUGAGUUCUUGAGCUCAUCAAUAUUUGUGAAUUAUUUCAUUUUCUCCAUGUUAUUUUUUUAUUUGAUUGAAUUUUUCUAGAAAUAUUUUCUUAUAAAUAUAUCUAGGUUAUUACCUCCAUAUUAAGUAUGGUGUGAAGGAUCAAUAAACAAAGAGAAAAAAAAAAAUUCUAAGUUUUGUACUAUUGCAUAUCACGAGUAUGUCAAAAUUCCCUGCCAAAAACAGAUACUUUUAUUUCUGUUUAGUGUUUGUUGCCAUUGUUUGGUUAAUGUGCUUUUUUUUCUUUCACUCAGCAGUUUCAGCUCUAAAAUAAUUAUAUUUUCUUAUGUGUUCAGCCUGUUGAUAAUUUUGUACUCUACAACACCAGAGUACCUCGUGAGGGCUGUGAAUGAAUCAGAGUAAUUAUUUUCAUUGCUUUAUUAUUUUGGCUAUUAAGCAAAUACCACAUUGCCUGUUGUAAAGUUGAUUGUACCAGGUUAUUAUCAACAGCCGCAGCAUCUUGAUAUUAUGGAUGAUUGCACUCUGAUGCUGUUGAUUGCACCCUGACGCCGUUGAUUGCGCCCUGAUGCCGUUGAUUGCGCCCUGACGCUGUUGAUUGCACCCUGAUGCCGUUGAUUGUACCCUGACGCUGUUGAUUGCACCCUGAUGCUGUUGAUUGUACCCUGACGCCGUUGAUUGCGCCCUGAUGCCGUUGAUUGCGCCCUGACGCUGUUGAUUGCACCCUGAUGCCGUUGAUUGCUAACCCACGCUGUUGAUUGCACCCUGACGCUGUUGAUUGCACCCUGAUGCCGUUGAUUGCACCCUGACGUCGUUGAUUGCUCCCCGACCUUUUCAUUCAAUUGAAACGCCUUUGGUUUGCUGAAAAAUUAUUACGCUCCGUGCCUUAUAGUGGUAUUUAUAAUCGUAACUUAUUCUCUAAAACAAUGAUAAAUCGCUGCUUUUUUGGUCAAAGACAUUUUUUUUCAAUAUCUUGCGAGUCCUUGCUUCAGUAUAUAUAUAUAUAUAUAUAUAGCCCAAGAGUUCCAUGUGAUACUACUACCUAUCUACUUAAAUGUUAGUCAAGUCUUUCAUAUAACGACUAAUCAGUUUUCUUUCUUGACUACGUUUCAAGAUAAUAGAUUUGAUAGCAAAUUCGAACUAUUUUUGGCCUACUGUAAGAGUGGUGUUAUCUUUCGUUUAUUUCUUGUAUCAAAGUAAUCAUGUGAUGUGUAUUUAUGUUUAUAUAGAGAUAAACAUAGCGCCUCUGGGCCGGUUUUCUAGCUUGCCCUCAGCUGCAAGGAGUUGUAAAUGAAAAUGUCAUUUACUAGAACUUCGUUUAGAUACUAUUUGGUUGAAAUAUUGUAAUACAAGAAAAGCUGCUAGAUGUUUCAAGGAAUAUUUUUUUGA